GUGGUUGUGUGGUAAUGUCAUGGAAAUAAUGGAACGGAAUCGAAUUAGCUAAGUGAAAUAAUAAAGUGCGUAAUUGUUUACAAGCUGCGCUGUAUAAUUAAUAAAUAACAAUAUGCAAUAUCUAUAAUCAGUGUCAUGUGUAGUUUACGUUGCAUUGCUAACCUAGUUUAAAAUCAUAAUUUAAUCUUAUGUAUCAUAUUUCCAUCGACUUAGUAUUGUUUUCAGUUAAAUUCAGGUAAAAUAAAUAUUGCAAAAAUGUAUCCAAGAAGUGGUAGUAAUGGCUCAAUUCAAAAUAUACACCAGACACCUUCCUCUUCGAAUCAGAACACAGAAGAUGAAGAUGACAGCGGAGAUAACAAGGCAUCUGCACUUAGCUUUAAGGAAAGGAGGAGAGAAGCACAUACACAGGCUGAACAAAAAAGGAGGGAUGCCAUAAAGAAGGGUUACGAUUCUCUCCAAGAGUUGGUGCCGACUUGCCAGCAAACUGACGCAUCAGGGUACAAGCCAAGCAAAGCAGCCGUUCUUCAAAAAUCCAUAGACUACAUUCAAUACUUACUACAGCAGCGUCGAAGGCAGGAAGACGAACGCAAUGCUUUGCGCAAAGAUGUAGUGGCUCUACGAAUCAUGCAGGCUAACUAUGAACAAAUCGUGAAGGCGCAGCACUCAGUGCCCGGCCAUAAUGAACAGAGGCUCACCGAUCAGGAUAAGUUCCAAGUUUUCCAGGGUAUAAUGGACAAGCUAUUCGAGUCGUUCGAGUCUGUACCAACGAAUAACUUCGCCGAGUUUUCAGCGGGCGUUUUCAACUGGCUCGAAGAAUAUUGCAAGCCACAAUCACUAAGAACUAUGGUACACGGAGUAUUGAGGGAACAGAGUUACACGCCAUAAAUACUUACCUUAUUUAUCUUA